AUGCGUGAAAUCGUGCUCAUCCAGGCAGGCCAGUGCGGCAACCAGAUCGGCGCCAAGUUUUGGGAGGUCAUCAGUGAUGAACAUGGCAUUGACCCCACAGGCAGUUAUCAUGGAGAUGGUGACUUACAGCUGGACAGAAUCAAUGUGUACUACAAUGAAGCAGCUGGCAAUAAGUAUGUUCCUCGGGCCAUCCUAGUGGACCUGGAGCCAGGAACGGUAGACUCGGUGAGAUCGGGACCAUUUGGCCAGAUAUUCAGGCCAGACAACUUUGUGUUUGGCCAGAGUGGUGCAGGGAAUAACUGGGCCAAGGGCCACUACACAGAGGGAGCUGAGCUGGUGGACUCCAUGCUGGAUGUGGUGAGAAAGGAGGCAGAGAGCUGUGACUGUCUGCAGGGCUUCCAACUGACCCACUCGCUGGGGGGCGGCACUGGCUCGGGCAUGGGCACCCUGCUCAUCAGCAAGAUCCGGGAGGAGUACCCAGACCGCAUCAUGAACACCUUCAGCGUCGUGCCUUCACCUAAGGUGUCAGACACGGUGGUGGAGCCCUAUAAUGCCACCCUGUCUGUCCACCAGCUGCUGGAAAACACGGAUGAAACCUUCUGCAUCGACAACGAGGCCCUGUAUGACAUCUGUUUCCGCACCCUAAAGCUGACCACCCCCACGUAUGGUGACCUCAACCACCUGGUAUCAGCCACCAUGAGCGGGGUCACCACGUGCCUGCGCUUCCCGGGCCAGCUGAAUGCAGACCUGCGCAAGCUGGCCGUGAACAUGGUGCCCUUCCCCCGCCUGCACUUCUUCAUGCCUGGCUUCGCGCCCCUGACCAGCAGGGGCAGCAUGCAGUACCGCGCCCUGACGGUGCCCGAGCUCACCCAGCAGAUGUUCGACGCCAAGAACAUGAUGGCAGCGUGUGACCCGCGCCACGGCCGCUACCUGGCAGUGGCUGCCAUCUUCCGAGGCCGCAUGUCCAUGAGGGAGGUGGACGAGCAGAUGCUCAACAUGCAGAACAAGAACAGCAGCUACUUCGUUGACUGGAUCCCCCACAACGUGAAGACGGCUGUAUGCGACAUCCCACCGCGGGGCCUCAAGAUGUCAGCCACCUUCAUUGGCAACAACACAGCCAUCCAGGAGCUCUUCCAGCGCAUCUCUGAGCAGUUCACUGCCAUGUUCCGGCGCAAGGCCUUCCUGCACUGGUACACAGGCGAGGGCAUGGACGAGAUGGAGUUCACUGAGGCCGAGAGCAACAUGAACGACCUGGUGGCCGAGUACCAGCAGUACCAGGAUGCCACUGCUGAGGAACACGAAGAGUUCGACGAGGACGAGGAGGAGGAGGGCGAGGAGGAGAUCCAGGAGCACGGGCCCGAGCGUUGGCUCCCCAAGUGGGAGCGGCAGUGCCAGGCCCAGGUAGAGCAGGACCAGCAGCUGUCCCCUGAGCUGCAGGAGGCGGCGGCCGCCGCGAAGCCCGAGCACAAGCUGCACCAGCUGUGGCACCUCUUCCAAGACCCAGCCACCGCAGUGGCCCAGCUCUACAAAGACCCCGUGUGUCAGCAGCCAGCACUUUCUCUAUGCUCCCUUUCAAAACGCAACUGCCGCCGACACCAACCUCUACCAAAAAAGCGUGGAGACCCAUCAGCGAAGUUUUGAUUUUGGAGUUCAGAUUGCUAUCAGCGAGGCAAUGAGGGUGCGCUGGCUUGGGAUCAAAAACGCAGAAGAACCAGAUUUCAUCAGCUUCCUGGGUGGAAAGUUACCCCCAACACUAAAUUCUAGAGCUCCCCCAAGACUGACUGGAGUGUCCCCAAACUGAGUUACUUCAAAGGAAACUAGCUCAUCUGGAGAGACUGAUUUGCCACCCUUCCUGGAGGCCAGAGCUCAACAUGGAAAAGCCCUUUCAACAUAUUUCUGUGGAAAAUUGGUGAAGAGUGUGCCUGUGGGUCCAUUUUCACGUUUAGAUUUAAGUCCAGAUAGAUUGUCUGUUUUGUUUUGUCUAUUAGAGUCAACACUUGGUCUAAAAAUGUUAAAAUGUAAACUAAGAACCACAAUUUUUGACUGUCAGCUAGCCUGUCCUAAAAAUAUUUUUAGAAAGUUAGUUUGAGCUUACUGGUUUUUAAUAAGAAUCUUUUUUCAACACUAA